AGUAGUUUAGUGUUGGGGUAAUUUAGAAUUUAGGUUAUUUGAGUGGUUUAUAGUUAUUGUUUUGUAGUGGGUAUAUUUGUUUUAUUACUGUUUUUUUGUGUCAAUGUAAAUAAAGUGUAUAUAGUUUAUUUUAUAAAUUUUAGUUGGCUGUUUUACUUUUAGUUAGUUAGUUUAGUUUAAUUGUGCGGUCUGAUCGCCCAGGCGAAGGCCGCCCUUUGGUCGCAGACUGGAGUGCACAGAUCGGACCCACACGGUAGAGUUACCAUCAACCUACCGGUUAAAAAAAUAAAAUCUGUUUAGCAGAAAAAGGUCUAGUGCCUCCUGACCUGCUAACAGAAAACUGGUGUCAGAAGUGGGAUCUGUGCUUGAGUGAUCAGACGCACAUUGUUUUUUUGAGAUUAGGUUGUUGUUAGGUUUCUUUUAGGUUUUUGUUAGGCUUCUUUAGGGCUUGUGUUAGGAUUGAAUAGGGUAGCAUUAGUUUUAGGUUGGCAUCGGUAGGAAGUAGUGUUAGAGAGUUCAUUUUGUUGUAGGUUGAUAGGAAGUUGUUGGUAGAUGGAUAGUUUAAUUUGCUGUAGGAGUUUUGUUUAAUUUUUCUUGCUGUGGUCAGUAAUGAGUUGUUGUUCUUUUGGUAAUUAAGAUGUAAGGCUUAGAAGUGAGUUUUUAUAGGGUGUGUUUAGGAGCUUGUUGGUUUGGGCAUUUAGAGUUGUAUAGUAUUUUUAGAUAUGGGUAUUAGGUUGGUCUUUUAGGUCAGUAGAGGCUACUAGUGUUAGGGGACUAGGUCAGCAUUGUUAGGGAGCAGUAGCAGCAGGAAGCAUGCAGCAGUCUACGACAGUAGUCAUGGUGCCUCGUGCUGAUGCAACACUCCGGAAGUUCAAUGGAGACGGCCCAGUUGGAGAAUUGGAGGAUUUCCUCCAAAGCAUUGAGAGGUGUUGGCGACUUCAACAUCUCCAACGACCAGAGGACAAGUGUGACCUCCUAUAUGCACACUUGGGAGAGUCUGUGAAAGACGAACUGAGGUGUCAUCCUCAGGUUUCCUGGGACAGUCCAGAAGAGAUUGUCGAUAUUCUUAGGUCUGAGUAUGGAGACAGAAGAAACAUCUCCAUAGUAAUGGAGGAAUUCAUAGGAGUGCGGCAGCAACCCGGAGAAACGGUGCACUCCUAUUCCAUUCGUCUGCAAGCUGCAUAUGUUGCACUAGCAGGCAAGCUGCAAUCCAAGCAAGUGUUGGUGCAGGAGGAUGUAAUUCUCAGAGAACACUUUGUGAACCACCUAAGUGAUGAUUUGCUAAGGCGCCUUCUGCGGGAAAAGCUCUGGGAGCACCCUAAAACGUCUUUUGUUUCCCUGAGAGAGACAGCCAUGAGGUGGACUGAAGAAGGGGUCCACAUCAGCAACAGUUUUUGUCAACAGUUGGCCAAUUUAUCCCACCGAGUGGAUCAGUUGACAGCCAAAUUGUCAUCACGUUUCAAGUCUGGUGGUAUUCGCACCCUGAGACCACUGAGAAAAUCCAGGAGGUGCUACUCCUGUGGUAUGCCAGGCCAUCUAGCCAGAGACUGCAAGUCCCAGAAGACACGUAGGCAAAUUAAGGGUCAGUCUCACUCUGCUCAGCGACCUUUAGGUUGUCAAAAUUGUGGAAGCUGGAGACAUCUGACCAGUAGUUGUCCCAAAGAUAACAUUGACAUAAUCCAGGUUGCCCCUAAACAACCAGAAGAGAGUCCAUCACAACCAUCUACGGUUUUCAUUGUCAAGACAGUGACGUUACCAACAGUGGAACCCAAGGUCAUACCGAUGGUGAAUGCAGUCGAUUCCACUGGAGGUGAAGAUAUGUUAAAUACCGUAACCUCAGAAAAUCAAGUUACCGACUCUGACCAAGAAGGCAGUCUUGCACCUGCCUCUGUGGACGUAGAAUGCCCAAUUUUAAUACAGCCGUGCAAAAAUUUAUCUGUAAUCCCAGAAGUAUGUUCAGAUUCAUUUGGCACAUGGGCGUCUCUAAAGGCCUUAACCACUACAUGUACCGGUACGAAAGACAAACUGGAAAAUAUUGAGAACCUAGCUCAAACAUUUAUUCGAAACUGUGUGGAGUCGAAAAUUCUUAAAUUUCUAUCAUUUUCUUAGUUAUUGUUAUUACUUAGACUUUUUUUUGUGUGUAUAUUGCUAUGUCUUUGAUGUAUUUUUUUCAUUUGAGUUUUUAUUUCUAAAUUUGCUACUGAUAAUAUUUAUGCAUUAUGUUCGCCGAGAAUGUAUUUGAGCCUGUGGCUGUAGCUCUGUGUUGGUCUGUGUGACCUUGUAGAAAUCUGAGUAGUUUUGAUAAGUCUGUGUGACUAGGUCUGCCAAACCUUUGUGGUUUCAAUUCCCUUUAAGCCUGUGUGGUUUCAUUUCCCCUUCAAACCUGUGUGGUUUUGUUUCCCCUUAGCCUAGGUGGCAUACUUGUACUGAGAUUUGCUGACUAGACAUGUUUUGCAUUGUCUAUGUCUGAUGUCAAUUGAAGAUUCUUUGAAUAUAUGUAUGUAAAAUAUAAUGUAUAUAAUAUUUUUUUUAUUUCUAUAUCUGUAUUUUGAUGCACUGUAUUUCUUUUUUUCUUGCUAUGUCUUUGAUUUAUGCAUUUAUGUGACGAUUCUCACUUUAGUAUUUUAUUGGCAGAAUGAUUGUGUCCUGUUGCAUGUGUGGCAACAUGGCAUUUUUCAGAGUGUGCAUGAGUAGGUAGUCCAGAGAGUUAGGUUGUCUGAUAUGGAUAGUGGUAUUGUUUUAUGGGUUUUAUAACUUGAUGUAGAUGUUGAAGUUGUGUAUUGUGAUAGCACUGUAAUUUUGUAGUAUUAUUGUUUUGCGGGGACGCAAAAGUUUUGAGCGGGGGUGAAUGUGAGCUGGCGCUGUUUGAGCUAUUUUUAUCUAUUUUGUAUAUUUUAUUUUAAUUACUUUUAUAGGCUAGUGCUGAGUGCAUGCCUGCCUCCCGCCAGCUCUUUUACUUUAGAAGUUAGUUUGUAUGAGUCAUGACCUGGCUCUAUAAAUAGAAUGGAUGAUGUAGUGUCUUGUCCCUUUUUCCGGUGUUGACCGCUGGUCAGUGCUUGAUUAGCUGGUCUGUGUGACCAAGCAGUGAUUUAGAAAGUUUUUAUUUAGUGUUGUUCUGUGUGGACUGCCUGCUAUAAUUCCUGUUCUGCCUGUCUGCUUUUCUGCCGCUAGUAGUUUAGUGUUGGGGUAAUUUAGAAUUUAGGUUAUUUGAGUGGUUUAUAGUUAUUGUUUUGUAGUGGGUAUAUUUGUUUUAUUACUGUUUUUUGUGUCAAUGUAAAUAAAGUGUAUAUAGUUUAUUUUAUAAAUUUUAGUUGGCUGUUUUACUUUUAGUUAGUUAGUUUAGUUUAAUUGUGCGGUCUGAUCGCCCAGGCGAAGGCCGCCCUUUGGUCGCAGACUGGAGUGCA